GCGAAAGCUGCUUCAACCGCCCCCAGUUCUUCAUCAUGGAGGCCAUCGGGCCCGCCUCCCAGGGCGCCACAGUCACGUGACCCGCACAAUGGCUGACAGCCCACUUCAGGCUUCCCAGCAACGCCAAGCUAAAGUCAUGACCGCCGCCGCCGCCGCCGGCUCGGCAGGCCGUGUCGCGGUGCCCUUGCUGUUGUGCACACUCCUGGCGUCCGGCGGCGCCUACGUGAUCGACGACUCCGACGGGCUGGGCCGGGAGUUCGACGGCAUCGGCGCCGUCAGCGGCGGCGGGGCAACCACUCGGCUUCUAGUAAAUUACCCAGAGCCCUAUCGUUCUGAAAUACUGGAUUAUCUCUUUAAGCCAAACUUUGGUGCCUCUUUGCAUAUUUUAAAAGUGGAAAUAGGUGGUGAUGGGCAAACAACAGAUGGCACUGAACCCUCCCACAUGCACUAUGAACUGGAUGAGAAUUAUUUCCGAGGCUAUGAGUGGUGGUUAAUGAAGGAAGCCAAAAAGAGGAACCCUAAUAUUAUACUCAUGGGGUUGCCGUGGUCAUUCCCUGGAUGGCUGGGCAAAGGUUUCAGCUGGCCUUACGUAAAUCUUCAGCUGACUUCCUACUAUAUUGUAAGAUGGAUUUUGGGCGCCAAGCAUUAUCAUGACCUGGACAUUGAUUAUAUUGGGAUUUGGAAUGAAAGGCCAUUUGAUGCCAACUAUAUAAAGGAAUUAAGAAAAAUGUUGGAUUAUCAAGGUCUCCAUCGAGUGAAAAUCAUAGCAAGUGAUAAUCUCUGGGAGCCUAUUUCUUCUUCCAUGCUGUUUGACCAUGAUCUCUGGAAGGCGGUUGAUGUCAUAGGAGCUCAUUAUCCUGGAACCCAUACAGUGUGGAAUGCAAGGAUGACAGGGAAGAAGCUGUGGUCGUCAGAAGAUUUUAGCACUCUCAACAAUGAUGUCGGCGCAGGCUGCUGGGGGCGCAUAUUGAAUCAGAAUUAUAUCAAUGGCAAUAUGACCUCCACAAUUGCUUGGAAUUUGGUGGCUAGUUACUAUGAAGAAUUGCCUUAUGGGCGAAGUGGAUUGAUGACAGCCCAGGAGCCAUGGAGUGGGCAUUAUGUAGUAGAAGCUCCUAUCUGGAUAUCAGCUCAUACAACUCAGUUUACUGAACCUGGCUGGUAUUACCUGAAGACAGUCGGCCAUCUCGAGAAAGGAGGAAGCUAUGUAGCUCUGACUGACGGCUUAGGGAACCUCACCAUCAUUGUCGAAACCAUGAGUCAUAAGCGUUCUAUGUGUAUACGGCCAUAUCUACCAUAUUAUAAUGUCUCACACCAGUUGGCUACCUUCACUCUAAAGGGAUCUUUGAGAGAAAUCCAAGAGCUACAAGUGUGGUAUACCAAGCUUGGAGGACCCUCGGAGAGACUUCAUUUUAAACAACUGGAUUCUCUAUGGCUCCUUGACAGCAGUGGCAGUUUUGCCAUGGAACUGCAGGAGGAUGAGCUGGUUACACUCACCACUCUCACCACAGGUCGCAAAGGCGGCUACCCUCCUCCUCCCAAGUCGCAGCCCUUCCCGAGAAGCUAUAAGGAUGAUUUCAAUGUUGAUUACCCAUUUUUCAGUGAAGCUCCCAAUUUUGCUGAUCAGACUGGCGUGUUUGAGUACUACACAAAUAACGAAGACCCGGGACAGCAUCGCUUCACACUGCGCCAAGUUCUCAAUCAACGACCUAUUACCUGGGCUGCCGAUGCUUCCAGCACCAUCAGCAUUAUAGGCGAUUACCACUGGACCAACAUGACGGUACAGUGUGAUGUGUACAUAGAGACCCCUCAGAGAGGGGGCGUAUUCAUCGCUGGGAGAGUGAAUAAAGGUGGGAUUUUGGUGAGAACCGCUACAGGAGUUUUCUUCUGGAUUUAUGCCAGUGGAUCUUACAGAGUUACGGCUGACCUGGGUGGAUGGAUCACAUACACCUCAGGACAUGCUGACAUCACAGCAAAAAGAUGGUAUACACUUACCUUAAGCAUUAAGGGUUAUUUCGCCUCUGGCAUGUUGAACGGCAAGGUCCUGUGGGAAAAUGUCCCUGUGAAAUACCCAGGGUAUGGCUGGGCCGCCAUCGGGACGCACACCUUCGAGUUUGCGCAGUUUGACAACUUUCACGUGGAAGCGGCUCGCUAGUCCUCACAGGGCGUCGAGACACUAUUUGGAUUUUCUAUUUUUGGUUUUUAUUCAGGGCCAGUUUUGAUGGACCUGUAUGUAGCCUUUGAGGCUAACGAUAUGAAGAGUAAAUAGGGAACGUGGUACAUGUUUGCCAGAACAUGUGAAAGGUUUAAUUAGAACUAUAUCCACCA